AUGACUAUCCAAAUCGAGCCCUCCGAGUUGGGCUUCAAGCGUCCUUUCACCCAGGAAGUGUGCCAGGUUCUUCGCCUGACCAACCCCAACCAUGAGGGUGUGGUCUUUAAGGUCAAAACCACCGCUCCCAAGCAUUACUGCGUGCGCCCGAACUCUGGUCAUAUCCAGCCGGGCCAGACUGUUGAGGUUCAAGUGCUGCUUCAGGCCAUGAAGGAGGAUCCCGCCCCUGAUGCCAAAUGCAAGGACAAGUUCCUAGUCCAGGCCGUCUCUGUCACCAGUGGAUUGGAGGAUGCGAGUGUUUCACAGAUCUUUGAUCAAACCCCGAAGACCGAUGUCGUUGAACGCAAGAUCCGAGUCGUCUACCUAGCUACCGAUGCCUCUGACGAGAAUGGCCCCGAUUCGGUCCAUGACGAGGAACCUCCUUCCUACACCUCUCCUGGCGGAAACUUCCAGACUCCGGCUCCGAAGAAGAUUGACACCGAUGAAGCGUCCCCGAUUCCUGCCCCCAAUUUCUCCGAGAAGACCAAGUCCGAGACUCCGCAGCGCGAGCCCACGUCUAUCGUUGCAAGUGCCAAAUCUGCUGUUGCCAACGCUCUGCCUUCCACCGACGAAUUGAAGUCCCAGUUGGCCGAAGCCAACGCACAAAUCCAGCGACUUAAAGACCGACUUGCAGAUCAAGGACUGAGACAGCGCAAGACCGGCACAGAGACCACCGGCACAGCCAUUCCCGCCACCAUGCAGCAAUCACAUGCGCCUGCAGCCAGUGGGGUUCCGAUCCAAGCUGUCGCAUUCCUCUGUCUUCUCAGCUUCCUGAUCGCCUACUUCUUCUUCUAA